CGGUAGUGUUUGCGCCCAUGGCGUCCGUUUCCAAGGUGUCUAUUUUGGAUUACUUUCAUAUUGUGUUCGAGGGCGAGAAUGGCAAAAUCGAAUCCAACUGCAAGGCGUGUGGCACAAGAAUCCAGGCCAAGCGCAGCGUCACGUCCAACUUCGUCACGCACCUUAAGCGCAAGCACCAGGCCAUGUAUGAUGACUUUGUCAAAAGGAAGGACAUGAAGAGAGAAGGCUACCCCUCUGCGGCCGUGCACACUUUGGCGCCCAACGGAGGGAAUGGCCGCUACGCUCUCCCUAUGGGCGCCCGAGUGGGAGGUGCUGGAGGGCUGGGGACCCUGGACGGAGGAGCAGGAGGAGGAGGAGGAGGAGGAGUGAGCAAGUUUGACAAGCACGAUCCACGUCAGGUGAUGAUAAGUGAGGCGAUCGCUAAAAUGAUCGUUCACGACCUGCAGCCAGUUUCCAUGGUCGAAAACUGCGGCUUCAGAGUGCUGCUUCAGUUUCUGGAGCCACGUUACACCCCGGAUCCCCAGUACUACAUCCAGAACCAGCUCCUCCCGGCCUACACCUACCAGGCCCAGCUGACUAUCCGUCAGGCCCUGGCUUCAGCACACGCCCUCAGCCUCAGCCUGGAUGUGUGGAGGGCCUCAUCCGCAGCCACGUUAGGUUACCUUGGUGUCACCUGCCACUUUCUGUCGUUGGAGUGGCAGAUGCGCUCAGCUCUCCUGGCGUGCCUUCCCCUCACUGGCAAUCGGGUUCUUUCCGAUUUUGACGAAGUAUGUCACUCUCACGGUGUGUCCGGAAGAGCCUUCCGUGUGGUCGCUGACCCGCUUCUCGCCACGACCACCGUGAAGCCAUGCUGUCUCCCCGGUUUCUGCCAAGAGGAGGAUGACGAAGACGACGCCGAAAGCCGUAACCACCCGGAGGGAAGCGUUAGGAACGGUCACGGUGGAGAGGAAGCAUGGGAAGACUCGUGGGAGCGGGGUCUCGGUGUCUGUCGUGUGGACUGCUUCUCUCGGUCUCUCAGCCUAUGUGUCAGAGAGGGUUUGCAUUCUUGCACGCAGCUCGCUUCUGCGCUGGCCAAAGCCGGUCGCUUCUAUAGCUACAUCACAACAUUGGUUCCACCAGAGAAAUUGAGUCAGGUGUUUGAAGGUCCUGGAAUGGUGAUUUGGGGCCAAGGAAGCGCAUCGCCACCGAGUCGAGACUGGGCCGCCCAGCUUAAGGUGCUUCGUCAGCUGCUGGAGUCUGUGGACGUUUUGGAGGAGAUGAGCGGACCUGGGGAAAUGGUGCUAGGCGUUCCAGAGACGGCACUGCUCAGGGAGCUCGCUGACACUUUGGAGCCUUUCAUGGAAGCCUGGGACAUGGUUUGUGGGGAAGGGCAGGCAGACACACAGACAGACAGACAUGUAUCCAUCAGUCUGGCACUCCCAUGCGUUCUGGGCUUACGCAAGCAUCUCUCGGAGACGUCCACCCCCCAUUGCCCCUCUCUCAUGGCGAGCCUCAGCCAGGCCGCAGAGCGCCGACUCGCCCCGAUCCUGGAGGACCCGCUCUAUAUCACCGCCACAACCCUCGACCCCCAGUUCAAGCUCACGUGGAGCAGCGACCCUGAGUGGCACAGACAAGUUCUUCUCGAAGAAUUAUCCAAAUAUUCCACGGACUCCAACGCAGAACGACUUGUUCAUUCCCGCGCGUCUCCAGGCCCGCCGCCAUCGCCCGUGUCGUCGCUGGCUCGGCCCUGCAAGCUGUUCUCUUUCAUCAAACAGAGACCCAUGAUGCAGGCCAAGAGCCUGGAGCAGGAGCUAGCCAUCUACUUGCGAGAGGAACCCACGGAUGAAGAAGCGUUGCAUUACUGGCGACGUAAAGCAAUUGACUUCCCGCUCCUUGCCCAGGUGGCCAAGAGGGCGUUGACCAUACCUGCUUGUAGCACCGUCGUGGAAAGCAUCUUCAGCAAGGCCGAGCGUUGUCUGCGGCCCGAGAGAGGACGUUUCUUACCAAAGAACCUGGAGACACUAAUCUACCUCAAAGCUAAUUACAGAUUAUUAUGGACAUAGUCUCGCUGUUUACAGCCUUAUACAAAAUAUCACAACACAUGCUAAGGAAUGAAGGGAGUUACUUAUCCUCACUAUCUUUAUCCAGCCAGCCCCCAAGACAAUGAACCCACUAUCAAACCAAUGACAACAUUAAACGUAACACUUUUGGAUAUGAUUCCUUGUUAGUUGACAUAUAUCAAAACAAAAAGUUUUAUGUACUUGAUUUUUUUUAAACUGCCUAUAUGACAAAGCAUUACCCACUAACAUCAAUAUUUUGCUUCUCUGUGUAUGCCUCAUCACAAGCACUUAAUAAAUGACCUUUACUUCC